CCCCUUUCUCCCGUUUGUCUUUCUUCUCUGUUGGCAUGUUACCAGGCAAGAUACAGCGCAGAUGGCGUGCCUCUCUUUUUGAUAGGCUGGCUGGAUUUAGGGAGGCGUGGUCUAAUAUUCCCUAUAAAUACAUUGUUGCGGGACAGACUGCGGCGCUUGGCAGCUGGUGAGAACACUGACGGUUGCAACGAAAGAAGUUUCUAGACAAUAGUCACUGACAAUACAUAUCCAAAGAAACUAUCCUUUACGACGACAACCAAUUUGGACGUCUCCGUUUGGAAUUAUACUAAAGAAGAACCAUGCCUGAAGUACUUGCACCAACAGACCUUGGCAGCUCACCUCCAUCCCCUGUGGACAGUAGCCCCCGAAGAAUGUCCUGGGGCAAACUGGUCCAAAGACUGACUGAUUUCAGCACAAACAGCGGCAGUUUUGAGUCGGAGUCGAACAAUGGCAGCAGAAGUGAUCUAUCAGAGUCAGGAUCAGAUUUCUUCAAUGACCUGUGUACCUCUGACGAUAACCUAUUCUACGAUCCAAUGGAGGCGACAAUCCUGAAGGAAGUCGUGGAGCUUAUUGCACAAAGCCUAAGAGAAGCCAAAGACUCAGACUGCGCCUUGCGUUGCGCCAAGUUGCUCAUUCCAGAGAAACUUCUGGAGCAUAUUGGUCAGGAACUUUUUCACCUCGCAGCUAGUGAGCCCUGCGGCUUGCGAGGGGCUCUGAUUGACCUCUGCGUGGAGCAAGGCGCAGUCUGCGAGAGCAUGGGACAGCUUUCCGUGGACCCCUACCUCGUCCCAACCUUCCAGCUGACUCUGGUGUUACGGCUCGAGUCCAGCGGCCUCUGGCCCAAAAUCCAAGGACUAUUUAGCUCCAAGUCUUCUUCCACUCCAGUAGUCAGACAAGCUAUUAAACUAAGCACUGGUUUCCGUGUGAUGAAGAAGAAACUGUAUAGUUCUGAAGAACUGCUCAUUGAAGAAUGUUGAGGGAUUCUUUUAAUGUCCGAGUUGUCGGUAAAAGCUCACAGAAGGGCCUUAUAACUUUAAAAAUAUGAUGCCUUCUGAGGUGUACGGAUAUUAGUCAUGAUGUAGCUUUUUCUUUUUACUUAAGGGCACCUGAAACGUAUGGUACUUGGAAGAGAUGACGCUUCAACACCUGUGCAAAUUUCAGAAUUCUAAAGUGUAACCAUCAUACUAUAUCUAAGGCAUUUUGCAAUUGUAAAAGUGCGUACUUCAGUUUCUAUUGAAACUUUGUAAAGGCAGCUAGUUGUAUUGUUUUUAUUGAUUUUUGUCAAACCCAUGACGAUUAACUGAAUUGGACACGCAUGAAAAAUAAUCCGUAUCCCAGUUGAUCAGACUUAAAACCUUUUAGGACGGCUCGAGGGAACACCUGCCGGCUUGUGUGUGCACAGGCUGAGGCCGUGAUUCAAACGUCACUCCAUUUUACAUUUGGUUGGACCUGUCCUGCUUUUGACUUUAUUUGAUACUGAAAUAUUCAUAGCAUUGCACUGUUUUUUGUACUUUCAUGACGGCAAAUAAAUUAUUGUUUUCUAACAA